GCUUAUUGGCGCUGGACUGUAUGAUAUAUUUUGCGAGAAACCAUGCAGAAAACUACACGAAACUAGUCUUGGAGAACAGUUGUCGCGCUGAUGAGCAUGAGUGCCCAUUCGGUAGAGCUAGUGUGGAGCUGGUUAGGAUCUUGUGCGAGUUAUUGAAAAUAGGCGAAGCACCGUCGGAACAAUGUGUUGCUUAUCAACCGCUUUUUUUCACGCAUGACCAUCCGUUUGAGGAGUGCUACUGCAUAUGCAUCGUUUUGCUGAACAAAACUUGGAAGGAAAUGAGAGCCACAGCUGAAGAUUUUGGCAAGGUAGCUGGAGUCGUACGAGAACAGAUCAGCAGAGCCUUAGAAAUGUCGCCGUCUUCUCUAGACCAGCUUAAGACGAAGUUGCAGUCGUUAACGUACUCGGAAAUUACUCAACUCUGGCAGCUGGAAAGGAACACAAGAGAAGAAUGGGAGAGCCACGCUAAGCCUGUUGUGGAACUACGGGAGUUAAUCACGCCCGAGAUUUUAAGCCUGAUCAAACAGCAGCGUCUGGGAUAUCUGGUAGAAGGCACAAGGUUCACCAAGUAUUCCCCUAGGGGGCAACGUAUAAAGGACAAAUUUUGGUAUAUGCGCCUCUCGCCCAAUCACAAGAUUCUGCAUUACGGAGACUGCGACGAAAAAUCCACUCCAAGCGCAGAGGAAUUACCAUCCAAGUUGGCGGUAAGCGACAUUAGAGCUCUACUGAUAGGAAAAGAGUGUCCGCAUAUGCGUGGAAAGAAAGCUUCCCACACCCAGUUGGCAUUUUCUCUGGCACUUGAAGGUGUGGAUCUUCAAAGUUUGGAUUGUGUAGCUCCGGAUGACCUAACGUUGGCGUAUUGGACAGACGGAAUAAACGGGCUUUUAGGCCAGAGAAUGACGAGCAAGGAAACGGAGAAGGAUCUAGACACUCUCCUGAGCAUGGAGAUCAAAUUGCGCCUGCUGGACGCAGAAGGGGUGGCGAUUCCUCAAGAUCCUCCGCCAAUUCCUCCAGAUCCUCCGCACUAUCAUUUCUGCUACGACUUGAAGUAACAUAAACGGAAUCAUUUUUGUGAAUGUGAACCAGUUGAUAUUUUUAACUUUUAUAUGUUUGAUCUGAAUUUUCCAAAGACCAAUUUUAUUUACAAGUACGUUUUAAUUAGAACUGAUAUUUACAUUAGGGCAUUUUACGCAAUAUAAUAGUUUUAAAUUUAGUUGAUAGACCAGUAGUUCAAUUGCACUGUUAGCUUUACUAUUUACAGCUCAUUUUUAUACUUUUCUAUUAGCAUCUCACCAAAGCUGCAUCAAUGUAUUAUUGUAGAAUAAGUGCAUGUUUUACUCAUAUCAUAAUCAAAUAAAGUAUAUAAAGCAAU